UCCCCUGGAGCUCUUGCAGACGGCAGACUACAGACACAGGAGACGAUCACAGUCACAGGAGACGAUCACAGUCACAGGAGACGAUCACAGUCACAGGAGACGAUCACAGUCACAGGAGACUAUCACAGUCACAGGAGACUACUGAAGAGGACUAUGGAGCGCCUGCAAUAUUAUCACUGUCUACUCUCCUACCUUCUGCUGGCUCUUAGAGGUACCCAAACUCCAUUCUCCUUUUUCUCAAAUACAUGUUAAACAAUAAUGUCAUGUUUAUUCUUGACAGUUUAAAAAAGUUUGAAGUGACUAACUUAACUUUGUUUUACAAAAAUCGUAUCUAUAAGACUGUAACAAAUCCAUAUCCAAUGCACCAUGUCAUUUAUUUUUGCCGGUCAACCACUUUUGUUUAGAUCCUGCACUCUGUGCCAAAGAGAUCACUGUGACCCCAGCCAAACCCAUUGUCAAGCUGGGAGAUGCUGUGACCUUGACCUGUGAGACAACCUGUCCCCAAGGCAGACCACGCUGGAAGGAACUAGAUGAGAGCGAUGCCACUGUGAAUACCACAGAAAACAGAAGUGAUCUAAAUCUUGCAGAUGUACAGCCGAAUCACGAGGGAAAGUAUACCUGCAUAGCAGCAAAAUGUAUAACACAGAAGAAGGAAACAAUCCAGCUCAGAGUUUACUGUAAGUUACUGACUUGGGAUCAUUUACAUAGGUCAAUGGGUUUUAAAGUCAGCUUCUCUGCCCCUUAACUGGGAUUACAUAUCGGCUAGUUAAAGAUACUCUCUUCUCUGCCCCUUAACUGGGAUUACAUAUCGGCUAAGAUACUCUCUUCUCUGCUCCUUAACUGUGACUACAUAUCGGCUAAGUUACUCUCUUCUCUGCUCCUUAACUGUGACUACAUAUCGGCUAAGAUACUCUCUUCUCUGCUCCUUAACUGUGACUACAUAUCGGCUAAGAUACUCUCUUCUCUGCUCCUUAACUGUGACUACAUAUCGGCUAAGAUACUCUCUUCUCUGCUCCUUAACUGUGACUACAUAUCGGCUAAGAUACUCUCUUCUCUGCUCCUUAACUGUGACUACAUAUCGGCUAAGAUACUCUCUUCUCUGCUCCUUAACUGGGAUUACAUAUCGGCUAAAUUACUCUCUUCUCUGCUUCUUAACUGUGACUACAUAUCGGCUAAGUUACUCUCUUCUCUGCCCCUUAACUGGGAUUACAUAUCGGCUAAAUUACUCUCUUCUCUGCUUCUUAACUGUGACUACAUAUCGGCUAAGUUACUCUCUUCUCUGCCCCUUAACUGGGAUUACAUAUCGGCUAAAUUACUCUCUUCUCUGCUUCUUAACUGUGACUACAUAUCGGCUAAGAUACUCUCUUCUCUGCCCCUUAACUGGGAUUACAUAUCGGCUAAAUUACUCUCUUCUCUGCCCCUUAACUGUGACUACAUAUCGGCUAAGUUACUCUCUUCUCUGCUCCUUAACUGUGACUACAUAUCGGCUAAGAUACUCUCUUCUCUGCUCCUUAACUGUGACUACAUAUCGGCUAAGAUACUCUCUUCUCUGCUCCUUAACUGUGACUACAUAUCGGCUAAGAUACUCUCUUCUCUGCUCCUUAACUGUGACUACAUAUCGGCUAGAUACUCUCUUCUCUGCUCCUUAACUGUGACUACAUAUCGGCUAAGAUACUCUCUUCUCUGCUCCUUAACUGUGACUACAUAUCGGCUAAGAUACUCUCUUCUCUGCUCCUUAACUGUGACUACAUAUCGGCUAAGAUACUCUCUUCUCUGCUCCUUAACUGUGACUACAUAUCGGCUAAGAUACUCUCUUCUCUGCUCCUUAACUGUGACUACAUAUCGGCUAAGAUACUCUCUUCUCUGCUCCUUAACUGUGACUACAUAUCGGCUAAGAUACUCUCUUCUCUGCUCCUUAACUGUGACUACAUAUCGGCUAAGAUACUCUCUUCUCUGCUCCUUAACUGUGACUACAUAUCGGCUAAGAUACUCUCUUCUCUGCUCCUUAACUGUGACUACAUAUCAGCUAAGAUAUUCUCUUCUCCGCUCCUUAAAUGUGACUACAUAUCGGCUAAGAUACUCUCUUCUCUGCUCCUUAACUGUGACUACAUAUCGGCUAAGAUACUCUCUUCUCUGCUCCUUAACUGUGACUACAUAUCGGCUAAGAUACUCUCUUCUCUGCUCCUUAACUGUGACUACAUAUCGGCUAAGAUACUCUCUUCUCUGCUCCUUAACUGGGACUGAUAUAUAUCACGGUCUCUACUUCUCUAGCUCUCCCGGUGCCUGUCCUGUCCACGGUGCCAGAGAACCCUGUGUCUGGUCAACCUUUUGAGGUGAAAUGCACACUGACAAAAGUCUUCCACAGAGAUUGUGACCACUUUGAGAUGCAUCUCUUCCACCGUGAGAAGAUUGAAGCAGAACUCUCCAAAAACUGUGAUGAUGGCAGAUUUUGUGACUACACGCAGUCUUCUAAGGAUCAGAUGGGCACAGGCAACACAGAUUAUCAGUGUGAAGCAAAGCUUACUAUUGGCCCUCAGACCUUUGUUGAAAAGGCUUUUCUUACCAUACAUUUCCAAGGUAAGUUGUUUAAAUUUUGUUUGGAUGUGUUUUAGAAAAAGCAGGGCAUUUCAUACAGUGUAUUUAAUACAGUAGGCUCUAUGUUAGUAGACUCUAUGUUAGUAGGUUCUAUGUUAGUAGGUUCUAUGUUAGUAGGCUCUAUGUUAGUAGGUUCUAUGUUAUUAGGUUCUAUGUUAGUAGGCUCUAUGUUAGUAGGCUCUAUGUUAGUAGGCUCUAUGAUAGUAGGUUCUAUGUUAGUAGGCUCUAUGUUAGUAGGCUCUAUGUUAGUAGGCUCUAUGUUAUUAGGUUCUAUGUUAGUAGGUUCUAUGUUAUUAGGUUCUAUGUUAGUAGGCUCUAUGUUAGUAGGCUCUAUGUUAGUAGGCUCUAUGAUAGUAGGUUCUAUGUUAGUAGGCUCUAUGUUAGUAGGUUCUAUGUUAGUAGGCUCUAUGUUAGUAGGUUCUAUGUUAGUAGGAUCUAUGUUAGUAGGUUCUAUGAUAGUAGGUUCUAUGUUAGUAGGCUCUAUGUUAGUGGGUUCUAUGUUAGUAGGUUCUAUGUUAGUAGGCUCUAUGUUAGUAGGUUCUAUGUUAGUAGGUUCUAUGAUAGUAGGUUCUAUGUUAGUAGGUUCUAUGUUAGUAGGCUCUAUGUUAGUAGGUUCUAUGAUAGUAGGUUCUAUGUUAGUAGGUUCUAUGUUAGUAGGUUCUAUGUUAGUAGGCUCUAUGUUAGUAGGUUAUAUGUUAGUAGGCUCUAUGUUAGUAGGUUAUAUGAUAGUAGGUUCUAUGUUAGUAGGUUCUAUGUUAGUAGGCUCUAUGUUAGUAGGUUCUAUGUUAGUAGGUUAUAUGUUAGUAGGCUCUAUGUUAGUAGGCUCUAUGUUAGUAGGUUCUAUGUUAGUAGGCUCUAUGUUAGUAGGUUCUAUGUUAGUAGGCUCUAUGUUAGUAGGUUCUAUGUUAGUAGGUUCUAUAAUAGUAGGUUCUAUGUUAGUAGGCUCUAUGUUAGUAGGUUCUAUGUUAGUAGUGCUGCAAGGUACUGCAGGAUUUUGUUCCAACUAGGCACCACACCUUACCAACUGAUUUAAUAGAUCAGUUCAGUAAUUGCCUAAAUUCAACAGAUAUGGUCUUCCAGGUUGGUUAAAUCCAGACCAUGAAGUAACUGCCUGCGGCACUCCAGGACCAGGAGACCCCUAGCCUAGGGUCUCUGAGUGACUCUGUCCUUGAGUCAUUAUCAUUAUUAUUUUAGUGUAUAUGUUUUUUAAACUGGUUGACCUUUGAGCAUAUUUGUUGUAGAAUCUAUUUUUGUUAUUCUUUUCAUUCCUUUGUCAGUUGAACUUAUGGAAGCACAAAUGUCAGAACCUGUAAAUAAUUUAACAAGGGGAGCUCUAGAAAGAUGCCAGAUUUUUCCGACUUGGAAUUCCGAUUUGGAUGACUGUUCAAGACUAUUUUUCCCAGUCGGAGAUCGUUUUUUCCCCCCAGUUCCCAGUUGUCUUGAACGCACUAAAGUCUGAAGUCAGAGAUUUCGCAGUUCCCAGUUCUUUUGAACGCAGCAACUUUGAUGAUGGUUUGACUGUUGCUGCGUUCAAAGCAACUGAGAACUGGGAACUCAGAUAUCUCCGACUGCCGACUUCAAUGAGUUCAAGACAAGCUCGGAAUUCCAAGUCGGAAACUCUGCCAUCUUUCUAGAGCUCCGACUUUCCGACCUGAAGGUCACUGACCUCAUGAUUUGACCUUUUAUUUGAUUUAUUUUAUUAUCAUUAUAAUUAUUUAUCUACAUGGUGUUAAGGAAAGCCAAUUUGACAAGGGGAGCUCUAAAAAGAUGCCAGAAUUUCCGAGUUGGAUGAACGUUCAAAACAAUGUUUCCCAGUCUGAGUUUUAGUUUUAGAUUUUUUAGUUCCCAGUUGUCUUGACCGCACUGAAGAUUGAAGUCUGAGAUUUUGGUGUUCCGAGUUCCCAGUUGGUUUGAACGCGGCAACAUUGAUAAUGGUUAGACUGUUACUGCGUUCAAAGCAACUGGGAUCUCGGAACUCGGAACGGUCAUCCAACUCGGAAUUCCAAGUCGGAAACUCGGGCAGCUUUCUAGAUCUCCGACUUUCCGACCUGAAGUUCACUGGCGUCAUGAUUUGACCUCGUGUAGUUUUUUUGAUUUCCCAGUUGUCUUGAAAGCACUAACUGAUAUAGAGAUGGAAACUCAACCAACCCAUUGUCAAGUUGGCUUUACUCAACACCAUGUAGAUCACUGGUCUUUCAUUGAGUUUUCAAAGUCAUGCAUGCUGUAUGAAUAAGUAGCCUAAUAUUUAAUAAUGGUGCCGGAGGGGAUGGCUGCCGUUUUACGGGCUCCUAACCAACUGUGCUAUUUUGUGUGUUUUUUUCGCAUUGUUUGUAACUUAUUUUGUACAUAAUGUUGCUGCUACCGUCUCUUAUGACCGAAAAUAGCUUCUGGACAUCAGAACAGCGAUUACUCACCUCAUACUGGACAACGGUUUUUUCUUGAAUGAGUUCGACGCUAAGCAUAUACUGCUUUCCCGAGACCAGGCCCAAAUCCCUGUCAUUCGCGUGAAGAAAAUACAGAAAUACAGGGAGCGAAGUUCGGGGUGCCUUGUGAGAAUUCGUUGGCGUGUGGGUAAACUGCCACUACCAUCCGUCCUAUUGGCCAACGUGCAAUCAUUGGAAAAUAAACUGGAUGAUCGACGAUCAAGACUAUCCUACCAACGGGACAUUAAAACUGUAAUAACUUACGUUUCACUGAGUCGUGGCUGAACGACAACACAUAUAAUAUAGAGCUGGCUGGGUUUUCCGUGCAUCGGCAGGACAGAGCAGCUGCGUCUGGUAUGACGAGGGGUGGGGGUGUGUGUCUAUUUGUCAAUAACAGCUGGUGCGCAAUGUCUAAUAUUAAAGAAGUCUCGAGGUAUUGCUUGCCUUGAUGUAGAGUACCUCAUGAUAAGCUGUAGACCCACUAUCUACCAAGAGAGUUCUCAUCUAUAUUAUUCGUAGCCGUCUAUUUAACACCACAAACCGAUGCUGACACUAAGACCGCACUCAACGAGCUGUAUAAGGCCAUAAGCAAACAAGAAAAUGCUCAUCCAGAAGCGGCGCUCCUAGUGGCCGGGGACUUUAAUGCAGGUAAACUGAAAUUCAUUUGACCUAAUUUCUAUCAGCAUGUCACGUGCAACAAGAGGAAAUAAAACAGGAAGUACCAGUGACUCACUCAAUACGGAAGUGGUCAGAUGACGCAGAUGCUAUGCUACAGGACUAUUUUGCUAGCACAGACUGGCAUACAUUCUGGGAUUUAUUCAAUGGCAUUCAGGAGUAUACCACCUCAGUCAAAGGCUUCAUCAAUAAGUGCAUUGACGACUUUGUCUCCACAGUGACCGUACGUACAUACCCCAACCAGAAGCCCUGGAUUACAGGCAACAUCCGCUCCGAGCUAAAGGCUAGUGCUGCCGCUUUCAAGGAGCGGGACACUAAUCCGGACGCUUAUAAGAAAUCCCUCAAAGCGUCAAUACAGGACUAAGAUUGAAUCCUACUACACCGGCUCUGACGCUCGUCGGAUGUGGCAAGGCUUGCAAACUAUUACGGACUACAAAGGGAAACCAAGCCGCGAGCUGCCCAGUGACACAAGCCUACCAGACGAGCGUCAGAGCCGGUGAUCCGCAACACUGGGGCCCCUCAGGGGUGCGUGCUUAGUCCCCUCCUGUACUCCCUGUUCACCCAUGACCAGGUGGCCAAACACGACUCCAACACCAUCAUUAAGUGUUAGGCCUGAUCACCGACAAUGAUGAGACAGCCUAUAGGGAGGAGGUCAGAGACCUGGCAGUGUGGUGCCCGGACAACAGCCUCUCCCUCCAUAUGAGCAAGACAAAGGAGCUGAUCGUGGACUACAGGAAAAGGAGGGCAGAACAGACCCCCAUUAACAUCGACGGGGCUGAAGUGGAGCAGGUCGAGAGUUUCAAGUUCCUUGGUGUCCACAUCACCAACAAACUAUCAUGGUCCAAAAACAUCAAGACAGGCGUGAAGAGGGCACGACAACACCUUUUCCCCCUCAGGAGACUGAAAAGAUUUGGCAUGGGUCCCCAGAUUCUCAAAAAGUUCUACAGCUGCACCAUCAAGAGCAUCCUGACCGGUUGCAUCACCGCCUGGUAUGGCAACUGCUCGGCAUCCGACCGUAAGGUGCUGCAGCGAGUAGUGCAUACGGCCCAGUAUAUCACUGGGACCAAGCUUGCUACCAUCCAGGACCAACAGUGCAUUCGGAAAGUAUUCAGACCCCUUGACAUUUUCCACAUUUUGUUACGUUACAGCCUUAUUCUAAAAUGGAUUCAAUUGUUUUUUUCUCACGUCAGUCUACACUUAAUACCCCAUAAUGACAAAGCAAAAACAGGUUUUUAUACAUUUUUGCAAAUUUAUAAAAAUAAAAAAUAAACUGAAAUAUGACAUUUACAUUUAUAUUUACAUUUAUAUUCAGAACUUUUACUCAGUACUUUGUUGAAGCACCUUUGGCAGCGAUUACAGCCUUGAGUCUUCUUGGGAAUGACGCUACAAGCUUGGCACACCUCUAUUUGGGGAGUUUCUCCCAUUCUUCUCUGCUGAUCCUCUCAAGCUCCAUCAUGUUGGAUGGGGAGCGUCGCUGCACAGCUAUUUUCAGGUCUCUCCAGAGAUGUUCGAUCGGGUUCAAGUCCGGGCUCUGGCUGGACCACUGAAGGACAUUCAGAGACUUGUCCCGAAGCCACUCCUGGGUUGUCUUGGCUGUGUGCUUAGGGUCGUUGGAAGGUGAACCUUCGCCCCAGUCUGAGGUCCUGAGCACUCUGGAGCAGGUUUUCAUCAAGGAUCUCUCUGUACUUUGCUCCGUUCCUCUUUCCCUUGAUCCUGACUAGUCUCCCAGUCCCUGCCGCUGAAAACAUCCUGAUGCUGCCACCACCAAGCUUCACCGUAGGGAUGGUGCCAGGUUUCCUCCAGACGUGACGCUUGGCAUUCAUGCCAAAUAGUUCAAUCUUGGUUUCAUCAGAUUAAAUAAUCUUGUUUCUCAUGGUCUGAGAGUCUUUAGGUGACUUUUGGUAAACUCCAAGCGGGCUGUCAUGUGCCUUUUACUGAGGAGUGACUUCCGUCUGGCCACUCUACCAUAAAGGCUUGAUUGGUGGAGUGUUGCAGAGAUGGUUGUCCUUCUGGAAGGUUCUCCCAUCUCCACAGAGGAACUCUGGAGCACUGCAGAGUGACCAUCAGGUUCUUGGUCACCUCCCUGACCAAGGCCCUUCUCCCCCGAUUGCUCAGUUUGGCCGGGCGGCCAGCUCUAGAAAGAGUCUUGGUGGUUCCAAACUUUGUCCAUUUAAGAAUUAUGGAGGCCACUUUGUUCUUGCGGACCUUCAAUGUUACAGAAAUGUUUUGGUACCCUUCCCCAGAUCUGUGCCUCGACACAAUCCUGUCUCUGCGGUCUACAGACAGUUCCUUCGACCUCAUGGCUAGGUUUCUGCUCUGACAUGCACUGUCAACUGUGGGACCUUAUAUUGACAGGUGUGUGCCUUUCCAAAUCAUGUCCAAUCAAUUGAAUUUACCACAGGUGGACUCUAUUCAAGUUGUAGAAAUAUCUCAAGGAUGAUCAAUGGAAACAGGGUGCACGUGAGCUCAAUUUUGAGUCUCAUAGCAAGGGGUCUGAAUACAGUAUUUUAAAAAAGGAUUAUACAUCUGCAAAAUGUACAUUGCUGAUAAUAGCAAUUUACAUUGCUGAUAAUAGCUGUUUAUUAUCUAUGCAUAGUCACUUUACCCCUACCUACAUGUACAAAUUACCUCAACUAACCUGUACCCCCCGCACAUUGACUCGGUCCCAGGACCCCCUGUAUAUAGCCUCGUUGUUGUUAUUUUAUUGUGUAACUUUGUAUUUUAUUUUUUACUUUAGUUUAUUUAGUAAAUAUUUUCUUAACUCUAUUUCUUGAACUGCAUUGUUGGUUAAGGGCUUGUAAGUAAGCAUUUCACGGUAAGGUCUACUACACCUGUUGUGUUCGGCGCAUGUGACAAAUAAAAAUUUGAUUUUAAAUAAUCCCCCUCUUCACUACUUACUGUGACUGUGAUGUGGUUGUUUCACCUAGCUAUCGCGAUAAGGGCGUCUGCUAAAUGACUAAAAUGUCAAUGUAAAAUUAUUCCUUCAGUAAAGAAGGAUUUAUCUAGAAUACAGGCUAAAUUUCAUUUCACUGCAAGGUCCACACCUGAUAUAUUCGGCGCAAGUGACAAAUACGAUUUGAUUUGAUAUUCACUUUAGAGAUAAGUUGAAUGUAUUACUGUAAUUUUUUUAAAAAUGACAUUCAGACCUCAAUCUCAUCCAUUAAAUAUAGAACUGCCUGCUCAGUAUGAAAAAAGUACGAAAAUGUAUGCCCUCUCUAGUGUAAGUUGCUCUGGAUAAGAGCUAAAUGACUAAAAUGUAAAUGAUGAAAUUUGAUGAUGGUUUGACUGUUGCUGCAUUCAAAGCAACUGGGAACUGGGAACUCAAAUAUAUCUGACAUCCAACUUCAGUGUGUUCAAGGCAACUGGUAACUCAGAAAAAUAUGAGAUCACAAUUUCAAGUCGGAAACUCUGGCAUCUUUCUAGAGCUCCGACUUUCCGACCUGAAGAUCACUGACGUCAUGAUUUGACCUGUUUUUUUGUGUUCUUUUUAAUUUUUUAUCUACAUUGGGCCAAUUUAACAAGGGGAGCUCUAGAAAGAUGCCAGAGAUUUCCGACUUUAAUGGAUGAGAAUUGUGUCUGAAUGCCAUAAAAAAAUUAUAGUAAUACAUUCUACUUUUCACUAAAGUAAACAUUAGAUUACUUUUUCAUAUAGCAUGCAUGACUUUGCAAACUCAAUGAAAGACCAGUGAUCUACAUGGUGUUGAGUAAAGCCAACUUGACAAUGGGUUGGUUGACUUUCCAGCUCUUCAUCAGUGUGAUGGUGGUUUGACUGUGUUGAUUUGUUGUUGUCAGAUGAUGCCGAUGGAGACGAUGAUGAUCCCAGAAGCACUGUCAUGUCUCGUGAGUAGGCUAUAUACAAUGUAAUAGAAUUGAACUUCAUCUUUUGGGUGUCUCCACAUUUCAGACUGAAGAUAAAACUAAUAGAAUAUUUGUAUUCUUCUUCUUUGUUAACUGUACAGUUACUACUUUGUCAGUUGGACCCGUGGAAACACAAACGACAGAACCUGUAAAUAAGGAAGGUGAAGGUCAAGGUGAGAUAGGUAGAUCAAUCUGAGCAGGCAGUUCUAUAUUUAAUGGAUGAGAUUGGUGUCUGAAUGCCAUAAAAAUUAUAGUAAUACAUUCUACUUAUUACUAAAGUAAAUAUUAGGCUACUUUUUCAUACAGCAUGAAUGACUUUGCAAACUCAAUGAAAGACCAGUGAUCUACAUGGUGUUGAGUAAAGCCACUUUGACAAGGGGAGCUCUAGAAAGAUGCCUGAGUUUCCGAGUUGGAUGAUCGUUCGAAACGAUUUUUCUCAGUCGGAGCUAGUUUUUUUCAGAGUUUCCAGUUGUCUUGAAGGCACUAAAGUCAGAGUUGUCUUGAAGGCACUAAAGUCGGAAAUCUGAGAUUUCUGAGUUUCCAGUUCCCAGUUCUUUUGAACGCGGAAACUUUGAUGAUGGUUUGACUGUUGCUGCAUUCACAGCAACUGGGAACUCAGAUAUAUCUGACUUCCAACUUCAGUGUGUUCAAGACAACUGGUUACUCAGAAAAAUAUGCGCUCAUAAUUCCAAGUCGGAUACUCUGGCAUCUUUCUAGAGCUCUGACUUUAAAACCUGAAGAUCACUGAGUUCAUGAUUUGACCUCUUUUUUUUGUGUUAAUCUUUUUUAUAUAUUUUUUUGUCUACAUUGUGUCGAGUAAGGUCAAUUUAACAAGGGGAUCUCUAGAAAGAUGCCUGAGUUUUCCGACUUGGAAUUCCAACUUGGAUGACCGUUCAAAACGAUUUUUCCCAGUCGGAGCUCGUUUUGAAGGCAGUAAAGUUGGAAGUCUGAGAUUUCAGAGUUCCGAUGGUGCUUUCAUGACAACUGGGAACUCUGAAAAAAACGAAGUCGAAUCAUGACGUCAGUGAUGUUCAGGUCAGAGUGUCAGAUCUCUAGAAAGAGGCCUGAGUUCCAAACUUUGAAUUCCGAGUUGGAUGACCGUUCAAAACUAAUUUACCCAGUCGGAAAUCGGUUUCUUCCGAGUUCCCAGUUGUCUUGAACACACCGAAGUCGGAAGUCAGAGGUUUCCAAUUCCGAGUUCCCAACUGUUUUGAAUGCUGCAUGAGUUCAAUGACUCAGUAGGAAAAGUAUGAGAAAGUACGAAAAAGCUCAGUACGAAAAAUUACGAAAAUGUAUGCCCUCACUACUUGUAAGUUGCUCUGGAUAAGAGCUUCUGCUAAAUUACUAAAAUAUAAAUCGAUCAAUCUGAGCAGGCAGUUCUACAGUAUAUUUAAUGGAUGAGAUUGGUGUCUGAAUGCCAUAAAAAAAUUAUAGUAAUACAUUCUACUUAUUACUAAAGUAAAUGUUAGGCUACUUUUUCAUACAGCAUGGAUGACUUUGCAAACUCAAUGAAAGACCAGUGAUCUACAUGGUGUUGAGUAAAGCCAACUUGACAAUGGGCUGAUUGACUUUCCAGCUCUUCAUCAGUGUGAUGGUGGUUUGACUGUGUUGAUUUGUUGUUGUCAGAUGAUGCCGAUGGAGACGAUGAUGAUCCCAGAAGCACUGUCAUGUCUCGUGAGUAGGCUAUAUACAAUGUAAUAGAAUUGAACUUCAUCUUUUGGGUGUCUCCACAUUUCAGACUGAAGAUAAAACUAAUAGAAUAUUUGUAUUCUUCUUCUUUGUUAACUGUACAGUUACUACUUUGUCAGUUGGACCCGUGGAAACACAAACGUCAGAACCUGUAAAUAAGGAAGGUGAAGGUCAAGGUGAGAUAGGUAGAUCAAUCUGAGCAGGCAGUUCUAUAUUUAAUGGAUGAGAUUGGUGUCUGAAUGCCAUAAAAAUUAUAGUAAUACAUUCUACUUAUUACUAAAGUUAAUAUUAGGCUACUUUUUCAUACAGCAUGCAUGACUUUGCAAACUCAAUGAAAGACCAGUGAUCUACAUGGUGUUGAGUAAAGCCACUUUGACAAGGGGAGCUCUAGAAAGAUGCCUGAGUUUCCGAGUUGGAUGAUCGUUCGAAACGAUUUUUCUCAGUCGGAGCUAGUUUUUUUCAGAGUUUCCAGUUGUCUUGAAGGCACUAAAGUCGGAGUUGUCUUGAAGGCACUAAAGUCGGAAAUCUGAGAUUUCUGAGUUUCCAGUUCCCAGUUCUUUUGAACGCGGAAACUUUGAUGAUGGUUUGACUGUUGCUGCAUUCACAGCAACUGGGAACUCAGAUAUAUCUGACUUCCAACUUCAGUGUGUUCAAGACAACUGGUUACUCAGAAAAAUAUGAGCUCAUAAUUCCAAGUCGGAUACUCUGGCAUCUUUCUAGAGCUCUGACUUUAAAACCUGAAGAUCACUGACUUCAUGAUUUGACCUCUUUUUUUUGUGUUAAUCUUUUUUAUAUAUUUUUUUGUCUACAUUGUGUCGAGUAAGGUCAAUUUAACAAGGGGAUCUCUAGAAAGAUGCCUGAGUUUUCCGACUUGGAAUUCCAACUUGGAUGACCGUUCAAAACGAUUUUUUCCCAGUCGGAGCUCGUUUUGAAGGCAGUAAAGUUGGAAGUCUGAGAUUUCAGAGUUCCGAUGGUGCUUUCAUGACAACUGGGAACUCUGAAAAAAACGAAGUCGAAUCAUGACGUCAGUGAUGUUCAGGUCAGAGUGUCAGAUCUCUAGAAAGAGGCCUGAGUUCCAAACUUUGAAUUCCGAGUUGGAUGACCGUUCAAAACUAAUUUACCCAGUCGGAAAUCGGUUUCUUCCGAGUUCCCAGUUGUCUUGAACACACCGAAGUCGGAAGUCAGAGGUUUCCAAUUCCGAGUUCCCAGCUGUUUUGAAUGCUGCAUGAGUUCAAUGACUCAGUAGGAAAAGUAUGAGAAAGUACGAAAAAGCUCAGUACGAAAAAUUACGAAAAUGUAUGCCCUCACUACUUGUAAGUUGCUCUGGAUAAGAGCUUCUGCUAAAUGACUAAAAUAUAAAUCGAUCAAUCUGAGCAGGCAGUUCUACAGUAUAUUUAAUGGAUGAGAUUGGUGUCUGAAUGCCAUAAAAAAAUUAUAGUAAUACAUUCUACUCAUUACUAAAGUAAAUGUUAGGCUACUUUUUCAUACAGCAUGAAUGACUUUGCAAACUCAAUGAAAGACCAGUGAUCUACAUGGUGUUGAGUUAAGCCAACUUGACAAUGGGCUGAUUGACUUUCCAGCUCUUCAUCAGUGUGAUGGUGGUUUGACUGUUUUGAUUUGUUGUUGUCAGAUGAUGCCGAUGAAGAUGAUGAUGAUCCCAGAAGCAUUGUCAUGUCUCGUGAGUAGGCUAUAUACAAUGUAAUAGAAUUGAACUUCAUCUUUUGGGUGUCUCCACAUUUCAGACUGAAGAUAAAACUAAUAGAAUAUUUGUAUUCUUCUUCUUUGUUAACUGUACAGUUAUUCCUUUGUCAGUUGGACCCGUGGAAACACAAACGUCAGAACCUGUAAAUAAGGAAGGUGAAGGUCAAGGUGAGAUAGGUAGAUCAAUCUGAGCAGGCAGUUCUACAGUAUAUUUAAUGGAUGAGAUUGGUGUCUGAAUGCCAUAAAAAUUAUAGUAAUACGUUCUACUUAUUACUAAAGUAAAUGUUAGGCUACUUUUUCAUACAGCAUGCAUGACUUUGCAAACUCAAUGAAAGACCAGUGAUCUACAUGUUGUUGAGUAAAGCCACUUUGACAAGGGGAGCUCUAGAAAGAUGCCUGAGUUUCCGAGUUGGAUGAUCGUUCGAAACUAUUUUUCUCAGUCAGAGCUAGUUUUUUUCAGAGUUUCCAGUUGUCUUGAAGGCACUAAAGUUGGAGUUGUCUUGAAGGCACUAAAGUCGGAAAUCGGAGAUUUCGGAGUUCCCAGUUCGCAGUUCUUUUGAACGCGACAACUUUGAUGAUGGUUUGACUGUUGCUGCAUUCACAGCAACUGGGAACUGGGAACUCAGAUAUAUCUGACUUCCAACUUCAGUGCGUUCAAGACAACUGGUAACUCCGAAAAAUACAAGCUCAGAAUUCCAAGUCGGAAACUCUGGCAUAUUUCUAGAGCUCUGACUUUCCAACCUGAAGAUCACUGACAUCAUGUUUUGACCUGUUUUUAAAAAAUCAAUUUAUUAUUAUCAUUAUUUUAGCUACAUGGUGUUGAGUAAAACCAAUUUGACAAGGGAGCUCUAGAAAGAUGCCUGAGUUUCCGAGUUGGAUGACCGUUUAAGACUAUUUUUCCCAGUCUGAGCUCGUUUUGUUUUCAGAGUUCCCAGUUAUUUUGAAGGCAGUAAAGUUGGAAGUCUGAGAUUUCAGAUUUCCGAUGGUGCUUUCAUGACAACUGGGAACUCUGAAAAAAACGAAGUCGAAUCAUGACGUCAGUGAUGUUCAGGUCGGAAAGUCAGAUCUCUAGAAAGAGGCCCGAGUUCCAAACUUUGAAUUCCGAGUUGGAUGACCGUUCAAAACUAAUUCAUCCAGUCGGAAAUCGGUUUCUUCCGAGUUCCCAGUUGUCUUGAACAUACCGAAGUCUGAAGUAAGAGGUUUCCAAUUCCGAGUUCCCAGCUGUUUUGAAUGCUGCAUGUGUUCAAUGACUCAGUAGGAAAAGUAUGACAAGGUACGAAAAAGCUCAGUACGAAAAAUUACGAAAAUGUAUGCCCUCACUACUUGUAAGUUGCUCUGGAUAAGAGCUUCUGCUAAAUGACUAAAAUUUAAAUGUAGAAAUUUUAAAUAAGUAAGGCGAAGGUCCAGGUGAGAUACGUCGAUCAAUCUGAUCAGGCAGUUCUAUAUUUAAUGGAUGAGAUUGGUGUCUGAAUGACAUAGCAAUUAUAGUAAUAAAUUCUACUUAUUACUAAAGUAAAUAUUAGGCUACUUUUUCAUACAGCAUGGAUGACUUUGCAAACUCAAUGAAAGACCAGUGAUCUACAUGGUGUUGAGUAAAGCCAACUUGACAAGGGGUUGGUUGACUUUCCAGCUCUUCAUCAGUGUGAUGAUGGUUUGACUGUGUUCUCCAGCAGUGGAGGCCUCCAGCGCCAUAACCACGGCCAUGGCAGCACUGGGCUCCACAGUGGGAUCCCUAGCCUCUCUCUGCUUCCUGGGCUUCCUGGCUCGCCUAAUCAAACAGAGGAAACGCAAUUCGCCCCCCAGUGGUCCUGAGAACCACCCUGAUGGCUGCUGACCAACAUGGCAUCAGCUUCAUCUUAUGUUCUCAAGCUUUUUUUGUCCAAUGUAGGACUCUAGCCUGCCUACCUGCAACUUCCCUAUAACAACUCAAAUGUAAUGUAUACUGAAUCUUAUCUUCUCAUGCACUGCCUGCUGUAUAAAUCUGUAAAGACCCUAGCAAUUAAAAUGAAAGCAAAAAUGUAUCCUACAAAGAAUAAUUUACUGGAAAAAUGCAAAGAAGAACAGUCAAACAGAAACAUUGUAUGCUGUCUGAUUAAUAUCAUAUGCUCAUAAUAAACCUCUGAGAGCCAGGAUUUUUGUGAUUUUUCUGUUUUAUUUAGG